AUGCAGGAUAUCAAACAUGAAAUUGAAAUUCACGGCCUCGCAGUACACGCGGGGAAAAAUUUGGAUGUCACGCCUAAAGAUGAGUGCGCAUCUAUUACUCUGAACCGCGGAGAGCGAGAGCUUCGCUUUCCAUUUUCAACACCCACUAUUGUCAACGGCCAGCGCCUCAAGGCUGGCAAACUUUUCGUUCGUUUCACAACUUAUGACUCCUCGAGGAUUUCUUUUAUCAAGAUCAUGGAUGGUGACAAGAUGAUCGUGCUUCAGGAUGAUCUUAAUUGGCAAGGUGUCUCAACCACUAAAAACUAUGUGUUUCAGGGAGCACCUAUUGGCGUUGAAUGGGGCCUGAAUGUUAUUAUUGGGGUUGACUCUAACAGGGCUCCUGCUCAGAUUGAUAUUAUUGGCCUGGGUGUUGUUUUUUACUGA